CAAGCCGCGAAGGCGGCCUUCCCCACAUCUUCCCGCACCUGAGCGCGCGAACGCAUCUCACUCAGGCCCAGACGCGGACUUCUCCCCGGGUCCUGGUCCUGCAUCCUCUCCCACAGCCUCCGUUAGGGGGUGGGAAAGGACGUUUUGCCAUAGGUCACUGAGGCCACCAUCUGCUCUCUUACUGGCCAAGGCCGAAAAAAGGUAGUCCUCCCAUUCGCUAGAGGGCAAACCCCAGCAAGCCUAUUGGCUGCGCCGUCCGCGGGCCUUGGUCCGCUUUGAGGCUGGCUGCGGCUGCGAGAGGAGGGCGGGCGGGAGGCUAACUGUUGUCGUGGUUACGCGGAGGCACGUGUGCAGUCCCGGAAGCGGCGCGAGGAAGCAGCUCCGCGCGCGCCGCGGCAGGAGGUGCCGCCCGGUCCGCUCGCUGGGCCAUGGAGUCGUUGCCUGAGCCCGCGUCCCGUUGUCUUUUGCUUCUCUCCUUGCUGCUGCUGCUGGCCCCGGAGCUGGGCCCAAGCCAGGCAGGAGCUGAGGAGAACGACUGGGUUCGCCUGCCCAGCAAAUGCGAAGUGUGUAAAUAUGUUGCUGUGGAGCUGAAGUCAGCCUUUGAGGAAACCGGCAAGACCAAGGAGGUGAUUGGCACAGGCUAUGGCAUCCUGGACCGGAAGGCCUCUGGAGUCAAAUACACCAAGUCGGACUUGCGGUUAAUUGAAGUCACUGAGACCAUUUGCAAGAGGCUCCUGGAUUAUAGCCUGCACAAGGAGAGGACCGGCAGCAACCGAUUUGCUAAGGGCAUGUCAGAGACCUUUGAGACAUUACACAACCUGGUACAUAAAGGGGUCAAGGUGGUGAUGGACAUCCCCUAUGAGCUGUGGAACGAGACUUCUGCAGAGGUGGCUGACCUCAAGAAGCAGUGUGACGUGCUGGUGGAAGAGUUUGAGGAGGUGAUCGAGGACUGGUACAGGAACCACCAGGAGGAGGACCUGACCGAAUUCCUCUGCGCCAACCACGUGCUGAAGGGAAAGGACACCAGUUGCCUGGCAGAGAAGUGGUCUGGCAAGAAGGGAGACACAGCCGCCCUGGGAGGGAAGAAGUCCAAGAAGAAGAGCAGCAGGGCCAAGGCAGCAGGUGACAGGAGUAGCAGCAGCAAACAAAGGAAGGAGCUGGGUGGCCUUGAGGGAGAUCCUAGCCCCGAGGAGGAUGAGGGCAUCCAGAAGGCAUCUCCUCUCACACACAGCCCCCCUGAUGAGCUCUGAGACCACCCAGUGUCUUCUGUCCUGAGACCCCUGAUUUUGAAGCUGAGGAGUUGGGGGCACGGCUUUGGCAGGCCAGGAUGGCCCCACAGGCUUCAGGCCCUCCUUGCCUUGGCUGUGCCCUUUUCUACCACGGAAAGACACAAGCCCCUGUAAGAACUCAGAGCUGCCAUGGGCAGCCCACACCAGCCUUUCCCCUCCCCAGGCAUUUUUCUCCUGACAUGGGCUUCAGGCAGGCCUUGUGGUUUCAGGACUUCGAGGACUCCAGUAUGAACUCAGGAGGGGCAGGUGUCUGAGCCGGGCACCAGGACUGGAGCCCCUCCAGAGUCCAAGAGGAGAGCACGCUCACCUCCCCUCAACCCUGCCCCACAGGGAACUGAGACUGCAGCCCUCUGUAGCUCCUCUCUGCUCACCUCUCUGCUGAGGAGGGGGAGGCUAAGCCCACCCACUGUCAGGAACGCAAGUGUGGGGAGGGCCCAGGGUUGUCUUGGGGUGAGGGGAGGCAUGGGCCUAGGGUAAGGCCCAGUGCAGUGCACUGACCUUCCGCUGCUCACUUGUGUCCUGGGCACCUGGCUGCCUGCCUUCCCUCCCUCUCUCCCGCCACUCCCCUCCCCCACAAGGCCUCCCAUUUGUUGUGUAAAGUGUGUUUACCCAGCCA